CAAUCAGAAAGGCCUAAUCCACACUGGUUCAGUCUUAAAAAGAGAUUCGUCACAGGUUAAUUAGAAGGUAUCGUUUUCCCCGUCAUCGUUGCAACAGAUUAUUCCAGAUAUAGUGCGUCGCGAAGGAACGAAGCGAAGAGAGAAAAACAGCAUGGAACCGUUUAAUCCGAACGUGUCGUAUAUGUAUCCACAUCAGUCGUGCUUCCCGGCGAGUUAUCAACCUCUGUUUAUGCAGCAACAGUUAGCACAAUUUCGGUAUGCAAAUUUUUCGCCGUCCUCUCUGCGUUCGCUCUCGCAUCCCGCGUUCAUGCACUAUCCUAGCUUGCCUGCCGGCUCCGAGCAAAUAAAAACCAUCUCCGAGUACAGCACGUUGGCUGAAACGACCGAACAUUCGAGUUCCCGUUCCUUCGACUCGUGUAAUAGCCUCGAUGAUUCGCAGAACGAAGACCCCGGCUUGGAGGACGAUCAGGCCGAUCCAGCCAGUUCAGAUCACUGGCUGGUUCGACAACCGUACCGUAGCCGGAAAAGAAUGGCCUACACGCGACAACAACUACUUGAACUCGAGAAAGAAUUUCAUUUUACGCGCUAUUUAACGCGAGAGAGGAAGAGAGAGCUGGCCGACAAUCUAAAGUUGACAGAGCGACAAAUCAAAAUAUGGUUUCAGAAUCGUCGCAUGAAAUGGAAAAAGGUGAACAAUCCUGUUAUCCCAACGAACCGAGGAAUGAUGAAGCAGACGCAGUCAAAACGGUAACCUUGAAUCUUAACCCGGGACAAUAAUUGUCUUCGCGUUCAACGCGGACUUGCAAAGCUUGCGAGCCAAUUGUACUAACUGUAACCUUCAUGCAUAUAGGCAUUGCAUGUCAUUAUUUAAAACAAAAUUUUAAUGCCAAGAUAUUUUGAAUUCGAAGACCUUUCCUUGAAAAGGUCGGCAACGUUUCUCACUGAUAAAAUAUCAAUUCGCUAAAAAGGUUUAUAUUUUAAGUCAAGACAUUCCGAUGGGUUUUCCCAUAGAAAAGGAACUAAAUUCAAUACGGUAAUACCUUAAGCUUCGUAAACAUGGCUUAACCUGCGACAAAUUAACGAAUUCUAUUCAAAUAAUUUUAAAACGGUGAUGUUAUAAAACUGUACAAAUACGGUAUAUAUAUGUAUAUUCGAAGGGUUCAAGUCUUCGUUUUAGAAUGUAAAUUAUUUAGAAAAUAAUUUUAAUUGUUAUCAGUUGAGAUAUUUUUUGUUUCUUUAGUUCUGAGGUGUUUUUUCGUGCGCGAUAAUUCAUUCUCCGACGUUUGGCUUUCGGUCUAAUUUCGAGCGAAUAAAAACCGAAUAAAAGGAAAGCUUUGUCGCAAUGGUAUUAUGGUCUUCCUGUCUGCUUAGGGAUUUAGGUUGAUGAGAAUGUGUGCCGAUUGGAGCAGGUUAAAGCCGUCUCUAUGUAACUAAAGGACUAGGCACAAUAUAGUUGAGUAAACUUCUAUGUUGUCUCACACAUACAUCAUGACACCAACUGGCGCCUCAUCCCACAUCAACCACGCCAUUAUGGCGGCGAGCACUUGAAAUUUUUGAAUAAUGGCUUUUGACAAAACACGAAACUCGAACUUUAUUAGGAUCUUUACAUCAACCAUAUUACAUCUCUGAUAUGAAAUAUGACAGAAGUUCUUGUUUUGCACAGAAUCACAGCCGAAACCGGCGUAUGCGCAAGCGAAAAUCUAGCCGAAAAUACGAAUAUUUAAAUGUGUUUACGAAGCGAAGCUGCCAUGAAUUGAAAUGAUAAUGUUUGAUGUUUAGACAACUUGAAUAAUCU